AUGGCUUCCUUGAAGCAGUUUAUUCGCAAUGUGCGCGCUGCAAAGACAAUUGCCGACGAGCGUGCAGUCGUGCAGAAAGAGAGUGCCGCCAUCCGCGCCAGCUUUAGGGAGGAGAGCCACGACUCCAACGUGAGGAGGAACAAUGUCGCAAAGCUACUUUAUCUCUUCACUCUGGGCGAGAGGACACACUUUGGUCAAAUCGAAUGUCUGAAGCUGCUGGCUUCUCCGCGCUUCGCCGACAAGCGGUUGGGAUAUCUGGGGACCAUGUUGCUGCUUGACGAGAACCAGGAAGUCUUGACACUGGUGACGAACUCGCUGAAGAACGACCUGAACCACCCCAACCAGUACAUCGUCGGCCUCGCCCUCUGCACGCUCGGUAACAUCGCCUCCGUCGAAAUGGCUCGAGACCUGUUCCCGGAAGUCGAAACGAUAAUAUCGAGCGCGAACCCAUACAUACGUCGCAAAGCCGCAAUCUGCGCCAUGAGGAUAUGUCGGAAAGUGCCCGACCUCCAGGAACACUUCUUGGAGAAGGCCAAGUUGCUACUACAAGACCGAAACCACGGCGUCUUGCUGUGUGGCGUCACCCUAGUAGAGAACCUCUGCGAGGCGGACGAGGCCGAGGAUGACGAGAACGGCGUCAGGGACAUCUUCAGACCCAUGGUGCCCAGCCUAGUCAAGAUAUUGAAGGGGCUCUCCUCGUCUGGCUAUGCGCCGGAGCACGACGUAACCGGCAUUACAGACCCUUUUCUGCAGUGCAAGCUACUCCAACUUCUGCGAGUUCUGGCCCGUGGCGAUGCGCAGGUUAGCGAGCAGAUCAACGAUAUCCUGGCCCAGGUCGCGACCAACACAGACUCCUCGAAAAACGUCGGCAACUCCAUCUUGUACGAGGCUGUACUCACAAUCCUCGAUAUCGAAGCAGAUUCCGGACUUCGCGUGCUUGGUGUCAACAUCCUAGGAAAGUUCUUGUCAAACCGUGACAACAACAUCAGAUAUGUUGCGCUCAACACACUGAUCAAGGUUGUCGCAGUCGAGCCAAACGCCGUGCAGAGACACCGCAACACCAUCCUGGAUUGUCUACGGGAUCCUGAUAUUAGUAUUAGACGGCGAGCGCUUGACCUCAGCUUUACCCUGAUCAACGAGAGCAAUGUGCGAGUACUGAUUAGGGAGCUCCUUGCUUUCUUGGAGGUUGCUGACAACGAGUUCAAACCUGUCAUGACCUCCCAGAUCGGGGUCGCAGCAGACCGCUUCGCGCCAAACAAGAGGUGGCACGUUGAUACCAUGCUGCGCGUGCUGAAACUCGCCGGAAACUAUGUCAAAGAACAGAUUCUGUCCUCCUUUGUACGACUGAUCGCUACCACACCUGAUCUCCAGACCUAUUCCGUACAGAAACUCUAUGCGGCCUUGAAGGAAGACAUCACACAGGAGGGUCUCACACUAGCCGGUUCCUGGGUCAUUGGAGAGUACGGUGAUGCACUGCUUAGAGGUGGUCAGUACGAAGAGGAAGAGCUUGUUAAGGAAGUCAAAGAAAGCGACGUCGUCGAUCUCUUCGAAACCAUCCUCGGUAGCAGUUACGCCGGCCUUAUCGUCCAACAGUACAUCGUCACAGCCUCUAUGAAACUCACGACACGUUUGAGCGAUCCUGCUCAGAUUGAGCGUUUACGACGGUUAUUACAACGAUAUGCGGCAAACCUUGACGUUGAGAUUCAACAGCGUGCAGCCGAAUACGGCAACUUGUUCGGCCACGACCAGAUUAGGAGGGGCGUCCUUGAGAAGAUGCCACCGCCUGAAAUCCGCGAAGAGUCACGAGUUCUGGGCGAAGCGACCAAGAAACGACAGUCGAAGAUUGCGAAGAAGAAGCCUGCGCAAGCAGCGACAGAAGACUUGCUACUGGACCUCAUGGGCGAUGCAGGCCCGUCGACCAGCAUGAAUGGGGCGGCCAAUGGAACUCAACAGAGCCAGGACUUGCUUGCAGACAUCAUGGGCGGGUCUUCAUCACCGCCACAAACAUCCUCCCCUGCACCACAAUCGAACGUGGCCAACAUCAUGGAUCUCUUCAACUCCGGAGCUAGUAGCUCACCAGCCCCAGCGCAGUCUCAGGCACCGCCGGCAGGUAACUCCAUGGACCUUCUGGGCGGGCUCGGCGGUAUGUCCUCGCCACCACCACAAGCUUCAGCACCGUCGGUGGCCUCAGGCCCACCCGCGCAUCCAGCGUACAACAAGAACGACCUACAGAUCACCUUCCAGCUCAAGCGUGACGCAAACGCCGUGCAACUUCUCGCACGUUUCCGCAAUACUGGAAGCUUUGGCCAGCUGUCAGGUGUGAAUCUACAAGCCGCUGUACCAAAGAGUCAAAAGCUGCAGCUACAACCUAUCAGUACCAGUGAGCUGGAGGGAGGCCAAGAUGCGACCCAGCAGAUGAGGGUCACAGCUGUCAAUGGGCCCCCACCCGCAAGGCUAAAGCUCCGACUCAAGAUCAGUUACUCGGCAGGUGGUGCUCCAGUAACAGAGCAGGUUGACUGGGCCGAGCCGACAUGA